AUGGCCGCGCGCGAGAGUGCGCGGAGCAUCCCCCGGCCCUCGCGGAUGCUGAGUCAAGGUGGCGCCCGUCCGAAAACUUCAAUUGCUGCAUUCCUUCCAUCCAGGGGAUCCACAUCAAGCGGAUGUCAGAGUGGAGAAAGCGGCCCUACGUCCCUGGAGACGGAAUCGGCAGAUAUCCUUCUGGGCAGCCGUGUAUACGUAGACGGCAACAUGGUCGGUGUAUUGAGAUACUUGGGUCUCAUACCUGGAACGGCGGGAACUUGGUGUGGCGUAGAACUUGAAGAGCCGAUCGGCAAGAAUGACGGCGAGAAAAAUGGCCGGCGAUAUUUCCGAUGUCCGCCCAAUCAUGGCAUAUUCGUUCCCUUGGCUAAGGUUUCUACGCUGUCCCCGGAAAACUCACGGGGUCACAGUCGUGCCUUGACAACUUCGUUAUCGGGUUCCCUGACGUCAUCCCUGUCUUCGACGACGGGUGCAUCCAGCUUUAGGAAAGAAUUGCGCAUAGAAGACUACUUAGAAUCUAAAUCGAAGGCCAAAGAAAACAAGAAGGACUCACUGCAGAAAUUCAACGAGCACGCAAGCCCGAAGACAGUUCAGAGGUCACUGGUCCUCCGCAACCAAUUCCGUGAUGAGCCCUGUCCAUCAGAGGAGGAGGAGGACGAAGACGAUGAGUAUUACGCAGGACACAUUUCGUGUGUCAAUUCACAGAUCAGCCAGAAAGACCGUAAACAGAUUACAUCGUCACUGUCGUUCGGCCUCCAAAAACUCGUGCAGCGCCAGGCGCCAGUGAGAUCGAAGAGCGAGGAUAACUGCAUCAUGAAAGAGCGGACAUCUGCUGAAGACUCAGAGGUGGCUCAAGUAACAGCUGUAGCGGUGGCCACUAGUGGAACGGCUUCGUCCACGAACGACAGCUCUUUAUCGCCCAUUCCGGAAAAAGAUGACGAUCUCCCUGGCUCGCAGGAGAAGAGCUCGAAUUUCCUCGAACCGGGUCCAGCAAGCCAGGACGCGUCGCUUUCGCCGAUUCAGGAGCUCCAAGAUGAGAACGAAGAAGCCACUUCGACUUGUGGAGGGCUCAGAACCAGUGAGAUGAAGGACACUCGAAUGAUACCGAGCUCGACUUCGGUUGACGAGGUGGCGGAAUUACCGGAAGAAGGAGAAACUAUCUCGUCGGAAGAAAUCCGCAUCUCGGAUAAUGUGUUCGACAUCAUUAUGACUUCGUUGAGGGAGAACUUCUUACAUGACACGAGUUCAGAGGAUACAUCUUCGCUCGAGAAACCAGGGGCGCAGGGAGGAGGAGCGGGAGGCUGCAGACCGACCUCGGCUGAUACGGGUUUUCAGGGGGACUGUGAGUUGGGCGAACCGGGCGGGUCUGGUGGUGACUCCGUUAUGAAACAGUCAGUCUGUUCCCAGGAUAGCGGCGUCAUGUGUGAUACGACCGGGCCGCCGUCCUUGCAAAGAUCCGUAUCGAUGCAACCACCAGAAGUUCUAAUUGUGCAACACGAAGACGAGCAAGAGACUCCAAGCGACCAGCGGGUGAGCCUGACCAGUGACAAUACGGACAGAGAUCGACACCUUCAGAUUCCUGAAGAUUUCCCAUGCGACAUGAUAUAACGAGUCUUCCUCAUCAAGGCUCUUGGUGAAGACGCGGACCUCUCGGAAGCUGCGGCCGUCUCCACGAGCGAGUUCACGGAAACUGCUACUGCUGACGAAGAGUCGACGGCGGAACGUCGUAAAACCGCUACUCGUCCUAAAGCUCUCCCGACCCCGGUCAGAAAACCGAAUGUCAACGUCGGCAGCAAGAUCAAGGCCAUGCUGCAGGAAACCAAAGAGAGCCCGGUCGAACGGAGACCUCGACCUCAGAGGAAAAAUAAAUGGGAUGAGGUCGAAAAGAAAAUCCAACAGAAUCUCCAGGAGAAGAAGAAAGCGAAAACCGAGGUAAAGAGCAGAAUCAACUCAAAUCUCGCGGCGGCGAGAGCAGAAGCUCGACGGUCUCCCCGCGGUUCGGUCUGCGGUCAGCGCACGGCAGAUCCCUCCGUGUGUGGGGAAAUUCCCCGAGAGGAUGAACUCGACGAAAGCAGACCAGAAUCUCGUGCGUCGAGAGCUCCGCCAACGGCGAAGCCGGGACCCCCAAAGCGCGAAUAUAGCAGACCUUGGGCCGAGCCGCCUCCGAAAAACGCCCGGCCUGCCCUGACGAAACCUUCUGCGAGGACGAAAACCGGGAAAGAAGUUAUAACAAGUCCCGCAAGGGACGAGUUCGAUGCUGAGAUUCGACGGCUUGGCGCACUAUGCGAAACCCGUACCAAAGAGCUCAACCGAGUCCGACUGGAACUCCGUGAUACUGCACACGCUCUCAGCGCUCUGACCGUUGCCUUCCAACGGUGGGACGAUAAACUCGAGAAGACGGACACGUACACUCAUAAAUUGGGUGCUGACUUGACACUCUCCGAAGAGGCGCUCCGGGUCGCGAAUCAGGAGAUCGAACGUCUCAAGCAGGAUGUCAAGGACGAAGUUUCAGCCACGAGACGUGAGCUGGAACAGGCUAAGGAGGAACACGCCGCCAGAACGCGGCAGCUAGAAGAGGAACAUUUGCAGAAAAUCGCAAAAAUCAAUGAAGAUCAGCAAGCUAGAGUCGACCGCAUGAAAGAACAGUUUGCGGAAAUGUCUGCCGAGGAGGUGGCAUCACGCGGGGAAGAAAUGACGAAAAUAUUCGACAGUCACACCCGCGAGAUGGCCGAUGUCCGUUCUGCCUACGAACGCGAGCUGCAGAACAAAGCUCAGCUCUACCGUCAGCGCGAGUCUGAUCUCGAAAACGCCCUCAAGGAACGGAGUGAAGAGUACUGCCGGGUCAAACGAGAAGCCGAGGAUUUCCAGCGGAGCGUGCUGCAAUCCACCGACUCUAAGAUCGCUUGGCUGAGGGAACGGAACGAGUCGCUCAUGAAGGAAGUCGAUUCGCUGAACGCGGUCAUUGAGAUGCGCCGUGAAGAAAUCGACCGGCUCCGAAUCUACGAAAUCGAGCAUGGACAACUCAAGGAUAAACUGGCGCGUAGCGAAGACGCUAUGGAUAAAUACAAAGCUCGCAUCGAGGAUCUCUCGGCAAUGAUAGGGCAGAAAUUGGCCGUUCAGGAUCAGUUGGCUCAGGAAAAUGCCAAACUGAAAGAAAUCGCCGAACACAAAGAUAGACUGAUCUCAAACCUCGGCAGGGACCGCGACGUCUUGCUAUUCAAGCUCAAAGAGAACAAAGAAGGCCCAACCAGCUCGGCUAUGUCAACAUCAUUCAUUGUUGAGGCGCAACCAACUUCCCGGCCUUCGAGAGAGAUUCGGAGCGCGGGAAGAUCUCGAACUUCUGUGAAUUAUCAGAUGCGCGCUAAGGUGGACAGCGCAUCAGUGAUGUCGCAGUCGUGGCACACAGCGACGGGGCCCGACCUUGGUCUCCAGUCAGGGCUAUCGAAGACUGGUCAGAAUAAGAAGUCACAACGGGCCAACAGUGCUCACUCGACAGAGGACGUGAACCGCAAUGUCGAGAGCGAUUGCCCGCAGGAAGACAAUGAACGAAUGACAGCGUCAAUGUAUCAUUAG